AUGCGAAAGUUAAGCCUCAGCACUGGCGCCGGAAUGUCUCGACAAUCGAAAACAGCACCGCAAGUGAAAAAGGUUUUGCCACCAGCCGUUCCGGAAAUCUACGGCAAGAUUACGUCAAAUAACAGCAAAAGCGGACAGGCUGAGCAGGGAUCCGUUGCAGGAUGUCCGAGUGAUCCGUCAAGCUGCGGAGAGAAUGGUAGUGAAAGAACUAUUGAUAGUUCGACGGCACCUUCUAGUUUAAUGUUACGCUGUGCGCCAGAUGGCGGUGGCGGCAUCGACUACGGACUGGACGAUCAGGGUAUCGAUCUGACGCAAUCGCCAGGCAGGGACAGCCCGGUCUCGUUGUCGGAGUCGGCUGGAUCCGGUUCACGUCACUCUACAGCCAGUCUCGACUCGGGGCGAGCGUCUUCGUACCUAACCGGGGCGUCCAACUCUUCCAACCGAAGCGUCAGCGGUGUCGGCAGUUAUGGUGUUUUAUCAUCUCCCCGCUGCUCCGUUAGUUCGUGCUCAAUUGGAUCGGGUAGCGGUGGAAGCAGUAGCGGUGUCGGCAGUGGAACUUGUGGCAGCCAUCGGUUGAGUAAUCAUUCCAACCGCUGCGAUCACGACGCCAUCUCUGAGUGGCUGAUGGAGAUCCACUUUCACGAGUAUACCUAUCUGUUUCUGGACGCUGGUUACGAUCUGGCGACGAUCGCUCGUAUGACACCUGAAGAUUUGACAGCCAUUGGCAUUCGGAAGCCAAAUCAUCGAGAGCGAUUGAAGCGCCACAUCGAUGCACUCAAACUGUCAGACGCGCUUCCUGUUUACGUGCCGGGUUCGAUCGAGGAGUGGUUACGAUUGCUGCGAUUGGAAGAAUACGUUCAGCCGCUUCUUGCCCAAGGCUACCAGACCGUACACGAUGUUACCCAGCUCACUUGGGAAGACCUGGAAGACAUCGGUAUCGUUAAGCUGGGCCACCAGAAAAAGAUUCUUCUCGCAAUCAAACGCGUGAAAGACAUCAUUAGCGGCAAAAUACUGAUGAUGGACACACCGUCAUAUGCAUCGACCAGCGGGAUGGGCCUUUCACCCACCACUUUGCGAGCUUCCACUGGCACGGUCGGCGUCCGUACUCACAACGACGACAUGGGUAUUGGUUUGCGAUCAGAUUCAGCAAAACUACUGCAACAACAACAACUAAAUGCGCCAACCAGUACGGGUGGUUACAGUACAUUCCUGCGUCAGCAACUACCUCAGCCUCCACUUUUCGUACCGCAACUCCACUCCCGUCAGCAACAGCUUCAUCAACAGAUGAUUACCUAUCCUCAUGUGCACUUCGACGGCUCGCAGGCUAUAUAUCGACGCAGUUCGUACGAUGAUAGUGACAUUACACCAACUAACGAGAAAGCUUCCGUCUUGAUGGCGCUAUCUGGAAGUGAAACCAAUCACGGGGUACCAUUGCAUCAACUUCAGCAACAGCAGACCUGGAAGCAUUCUCAGCAUCAGCAGCAGCAGCAGCAAUACUUUCAGGGCGGAGGUACGCUUCCCCGACAGCAUCAACGGAACAGCUACGGCGCUCGCUUGGCGUUCCUCGGACCUAACGCGACCCCUACAAUCCCGCAACGUCAACGGCCAAUUGCCAAAAUCGUUGCCAACAAUUUGAAACUGGCAGGUGUUGCGAGCGGAGGAACGCCCUCCACAGGCAAUCCCGUUCCUCCGGUGGUUGACGGCGGAACGGAGCCAGCGGCUACCGGUGUUGGUUUCCCACUGCCGCCGAUGUUAGGUCACAUUGGAAACGUGGAGAUGGCUACGGCAGCCCUGGAUGCCAUGCACUUUUCCAACUUCUCUUCUACACCAUACCCUGGUGCGCAGCAUCACACGUCACCUAAGUAUGGCAUUCACGCUAGUGGUUCUGUGGAUGAGCCUUCUGGUGCAGUUUCGAGUAUGCCGCGGAUUGCAGGAAUACAACCAGCUAGUGGACAGCAGCAGCAGCAACCUAUAUACUAUAAUCAGAUUAUUUUACAAUCGCAUCAUAGCCACCACCACCACACUCAUCAUAGCUAUUCUUCCCAAUCGACGCCAUCGCCACCGACGCAACAUACGCUGCUGCCGCUGGCAGCAGGUCCGUUCGGUGACGGUUGCUACGCCGGCCAAACCCAUCAGACGACGGUCGAAGUGCACAAAGUAUCGACGCAGCACGACAAUAAAUCUAACUCGAGUCUUGAAUCUAUUGACCAGAUACCGUUUGCGAAUGAAAAUGCCGGUACAAUCAAGCAACGCUCGUCGUUUAAUCGGAUGGAGCACCAGUUCGGUCAACAGCAGCAGCAGCAGCAGCAACAACAGCAACAUCAUCAUCCUCUUCUGCUGCCAACAUUGUCCUCUUCGUCGUCCACUUCGUCCUCGUCUUCUUCAUCGUCAGGGUCCAUCACGACUACGCUUGCAACUUGCAAUGGCGCUCUGCAACAGCAAUCUCCGUCCGGAUCUGCGCCCGGUCUAACAGUGCAACCAACGAAGCCUGCGGCACCAGGAUCCUUUUCUCCCGCUUCGGCUGACAGUGGCAACGUAAUUGUUGCACCAACACCAAACGAAUCACAGCAGCCUGUUGUUGCAGAAGUUACAUCCCCGAACACCGGCGAUAUCUAUGGCACGAACGUGCUCAACGACAUCGGAAACAUGUUAGCAAAUUUGACCGAUGAACUGGAUGCCAUGCUGGAAGAGGAAAAGUGUGCAGGCAUUAGUGAUGUCGACUAGGUUGGAACGAACUGAGUCGGGAAUUCAGAGGAUCGGCAUUCGAUGCCUCACACUAGGCUUUGUGAUAUGCCGCGUGUGCGUUAACAUUGAGAUAAAAAGAGAAAAAGAGAGAAAGAUAGAUAGAUAGAGGGAAAAAAAGCAAAAGGGAGGGAGAAAGAGAUUGAGACAGAGAGAAAAAAAAGUGAGUUGAAAAUGGGAUGGGACGGGGGUGGUGGUGACUGCGAACUGUCGGACAUGAUUUGGCUUUGGCGUGAAGGAUGAACAAAAUAUUCUUUGUUUUCGAAAAAGCAUUCCCAAUAUUCCUUUUUGGCACGGAGUACAUCCAUUGUACUACUAUGUGCCCUACGAUUAAUAAGUGUCAUGCCCUGCGCACGUAGCAAUAACAAUAUAUAGGUACAUUCGUUAGCUCUAAGAAAAUGACAACUAAAGAAUCUAACUGCGUAGUUCUUUGUAGUGGAACAACGUAGUGUAGGAACCGUUAAAGUAAGUGUAGGGACAACCUUAAAGGAUCUUGCUUACUGUAAGUUAGUAGGUGAUACGGCAGAAAACCAAUGAAUGAAUGUUGUGUUCCACAUUCACUUGAUUCAUCGGUUGAAAACGACGGAAAAACACACGUCUUUUGAAAAAGAUCAUCAUAUGGUGUGCACUAGAUGUGGUAAUAAAUUUUAUAAGUCUUACCACGCUUCACGAGAGUAAACGAGGAUUGUUUGAUUAAAGGAUAAACAAUUGUGUGGACGACAUACAUCAAAAGUGAGUGGUAGAGAGCGCAAAAGAAAUCCCGAUAAAGCAUAAGGCAUCGAAAUGAUGCAUCCUCUGAACUCCCAACACUACAAGAAAAGAAGGAUGAAUGAGUAGAUGCGAAAACCGUUGAUUCGCUUAACGCGCGCAAGUUGUUUUACAUUUUUGCCAUAUUGGCUUUGUCUGAAGUGUCUGAUGAAAGGAAAACUUACGACUACCUAUAUGUAUGCUCUUUCCACCGGUGCAUGGUGUCGUGCAAGUAGAUUACCAAAAUUUACCAAAACAGCAAUUUACGAAUUAUCGAAAAAAGAGGAAUAAACAUACAUAAGGAUUUGCUCUAUAAUGGAAACAGUUCACAGUUAUAGAGCUUAUACAAGCGAACAAAAAAUUAGGUCAUAGCUGCUGCGGAUUCAACUAGACAUACAUGAGUACAGUACCGCAUUUGUCGCUGCAGCCGUCUACGUAGUGUAGGGGAUCACUAAACGAUGCACACUUAGUGAUAGUAAUUCUGAGCAAAAAUUCACUCUAGAAAAUACAAAAUACAGGACUAUAGCAACAAUAAACCUCAUAAUAGGUUUUUAGAUGACGGUGUUGUAGUUGGUAAGCAUAACAUGCACAAAAGCGCAUGUAGUGAAACAAUGGCUAACAGUGCAGAGCGAAAAUAUUAAUCGUGGGCAGUAUCCUUUAUGAACUCUAACCUUUGGUAGACCCUACUAGCUGUUAGUUAUUUUACUUAUUUUUUAAACAAUGAAAACAAGAGCAAAACAUUAUAAUCCCAAACUCGUGUGUGGAUAUGAUGCAUCAGACACACAGACGGCAACGCCAAUAGACGCUUCCAUUCAACCUGGGAGCGUACGUGGAAAGCGUGUUGUUUUGUCGCGCGAUGAGAUGGUAAAAAUUUAAAUCUGAUCCGCAGUGGCUGGUGCAAAAUGACACAAAGCUAUUCCCAUUCGGCUGUAACUUUAUUUAACUUGUUUAGUUCCACGCCACAGUGAACAUGUACAAUUCGGUAGGUGAUACGAUGGUAGUGCCGAUCUUUGGGGAGUAGCAAACAUCAACCGAUAAUGUUUGCAUUCUUGCAUGCAGAAGAGAGGCAAAUUAUGCGUAAACAGAGAGCAUAGUUAGGAGUUUGAGGGUUGUUAAAAAUGCGUAUUUCAUUGUUAGUUCAUUGGCGAUGUCCUGGUGACGACGGGCCAUUUCAUUAAGCAAUGUUCCCGAUUUUACUCGUUUAUACCUUUUAUCGACCGUCCGGUUCGAUCGCUAUGUGGCGAGAAUAGUCAGAGCCUUGGCUGUGGUGAAUCACCAUUAGGGGUUGUAGAAGUUCAAAUAAAUAUUGGCAGGCUGAUGGUGUUGGCCAAGGACCCAUUACAAUGAUAGAAAAUCAAAAUGGUACGGCAGUAAGAGGUGGUCUGCCGUACGUAUCGUAGUGCAGCAAACUAUUUCUUGAGGUAACUAAUAAGAAUAACGAUACGAUGCGUGUUCUAUUGGUUCCAAGGGAUGACGUGAAAACGAACAAACAAUAUUUAACGCUAAAGAAUCAAACAGAAGCAGCAUACUAUUGCAGCAUCUCAGGCAGCGUUUUAUUUGGUGUUUUUUAUGGUAACAACGAGUUCCCUUUUGGACGAGCGAGAUUAAAUGCAUGUACGAACGAUUGACAUGUGAGGCGGGUCCGCUAAGAUUGUGGUGUAGCCUUGCGAAAAAAAUGGUUGAAGGGGAAAAAAACACUAAAACCUUCGCAGUAAAAUUAAGGGCGAUCGAGCGAAUUAACAUGAGACUCCGUGAUCUGGGCGAUGAGGUACUCUUACGUUAAACAUCUAUCACUUGCCUAUCGCCAAUCGCUUUUGGAAUGGUGGCGGGAAUAGUAGGGUACUUUUCAGGCAUCCGUCUCUGCAUAAGAGAUUUUCCAGCGACUACGGAGAACAGUAAGUGAUCUUUAGAUGUACUUUAGUGCGGUUUGCCGUAACAGUUUCAUAAUCGCAACGCAGAUUCAUUGAGAACUACUAAAUCAAGUACCGUAACGUUCUAUAUAUCUGAUAGGGU